CAGGUGCCCGCCGCCACCCCGCCCUGGGCCUGGCCGCCUUCCCUGUAAACUUUGUGGCUGGCUGUUGCCCUUCAGUCAACAGAGCCGGGCCAUGGAAGAGACGGGAACUCCUGAGCCCCGCGCCAGGCCCAGAGAGCGAGACCCAGGGAGGCGACCUCGCCUAGACCGAGACCGCCACCCCGAGCGCGCGCGGGACCGAGCUGGGGACCCGCGCAGGGAGAGGAACGGGGGCGCGCGGAGGAACGGCGGGGACCGGCGCGAGGAGCCGGACAGGAGGAGGGAGCGCGACCGCCAGGACCGGCACAGGGACCGGGGCCCUCACGCAGGUGAACACAGAGUCCCGGGAAAGUCCCGCCAGAACCGGAGGCCAGGGGAACCCCGUGUGCACACCCGGGACGAGACCCCGCCCCCCUGGCCCACGCCUAAGGAAACCCAUGAGGCGCCACCCCCAAGGAAGGAGGACUUCCUGUGCCAUGGACCCGAAAGUUAUAGCAAACUCGCUUCCGGGAGAUAUGUGCCCUCACACCCCAGUGCUGGAGGAGAGGAAGUGGAAUAUUACCAGUCAGAGGCUCAAGGACUUCUGGAAUGUCACAAAUGCAGAUACUUGUGCACUGGGAGAGGUGUGGUACAGAUAAUGGAAGUGAUUUUGAAUGGGAUGGUUCUCAUAUGUAUCGUGGCCUCCUACUUUGUCCUUGCCGGAUUCAGCGCCAGCUUUGUCAGUGGCAGCAGCUUUGGGAACAACUAUUACUCACCAUUUGAGGGCAGCGAGCUGGAAGAAGUUCGGCAGUUGGACCAGCAAUACACUAUCCUUCGGUCACCCCUUAUAUACAGCGGUGUGGCUGUUUCCCUGGGCCUGGGUGUCCUCACCAUGGGUGUUCUACUCCAAGGAGCCAAGAGUCUAACAAAACUGCCUGGGAAAUGGCUCCUCUUGGAGGCCACCUUCAGUCUCCUUGCUGCAGUGGGCUACUGUAUAGGCAUUGGCAUUUACCUCCAUGUAGCUUUGCAGAUCAAUUCCACGGACACCUGCAAAAAAAGAGAGAGGCUGUAUGCCCGCAGAGGUCUCACCUGGAUGAACUGCCAGCUGGCAGGCACUGACGGAGCAGCAGCCACCUUCGCUUGUAUUUUGGUCAUUAUGUAUGGUGUCAGCGUGGUCCUGGCCCUGCAGAGCUACAGAAAACAGAAGCUCUCUAAAGGCAGCCAAGAACAGCACAGAAAUUACAUUGAUGCACCAGAAUACCUGUGGUCUGAGACAGUUUAAGGAGAUCUUCCAACCCCAAAUGUCAACCUUCCCUCGCCUGUUUCUCUCAAAAAGGCAGUUCCUUUGAAGUCAAUUAGAUAACUGUGGUUUUCACCUGCUUGACUUUGUAGGUGCUGCUUUUAGUACCAAUGCAAAAAUUAAGUAAUUGUCUCAUUUUUCCAUUGUAAAAGAGAUCCAUGAUUGCUGACUGAUUCAAUGAUAGCUUACUGCAGAGAACAACGUAAGAAGUGAGGGUACCCUCACCAGAAAGAAACAGCUCACUAGUCAGUGUAAUGCUAAAAGGUAGGAACUGUACAUCAAAGGGUAACAGUUCCAGAGUUUCAGUAGAAAUCACACCUGUCUUGUCUGAAGUCAUCAGAAGAAACAUGCCAACGCCCCUUUCCCUUUCGCCUUGUGGUCCCAGAGAACGAUUUUUUUUUUUUCUUUUUUGCAAUAGGGUCUUGCUAUGCAGUUCAGGCUGGCCUUGAGCUCACUUUGUAGUCCAGGCUGGUCUCAAACUCAUGACCCUCCCACCUCAGACUCCUGAGUGCUGGGAUUACAGGUUUGAGCCACCACGCCUGGCUCCCAGAGAACAAUUAAGCAGUUAUUCUUGUUCCCUCAUAGAGGGAAGCACUCUGCUAUUAGAGGGCCACCAGAGUGUACCCUAAGCAGUUGGAGUCCUGACCCAGGGAAACAGAUGCUUUUAGCAGGCACAAUCCUCCUUGGGAAUCCUCCCUCAGGGUCCAGGGCUAAUGUCUCCUACCAGCUCUUUUUUGCUGUGGCAAAUCAUUCCAUUGAAAUUCACCUUUUUGAAAUGUUUCCUAAGGUUUUUUAAUGAGGUUUCCAAAUACUGAGAAAAUUUGUAAAAUUAAAUGUUGUUCAAUUGAUUUCAAAAAGAAAGCAGUUAAUUUUUUUAUAUUUUCAUCUUAAUUUAUACUUGUUCUUGUUCUUUACACCCAGUCUGUUUAUGUCAGAUCCAGGUAAAAACACUUACAUUCAUAUUAUGGAGGUCUUUCUCUAAGUGUUGUCUUUCUUUUCAGUAGCUAAUCCUCAUGGAACCUGUCCAAGACAAAGGGUCAAAAGAGAACCUCAUAAAAAUAAGUAAGUAAUAAAAAUAAAACUUGGAAGAAGAUAAGCACCUGGAAAAUUGUGUGCUUAAUUGAAAUAACGUUAGCCAUGCCUCUGAAAGGUAUGACACUGUCACUGUUCACCUGGAGCAGUGGCUAUAGUCCUAGGGUUUCACUGAAUGGCAAUGCUUACCAGCAGCAGAAAUCAGAUAGCCAUUCUUCAGGAGCCUAACAUCCCUCCACAUAACGUUCUCAUCUAGGCUCUGUUCACUGAACAUGUCGCGGUUAGAGUUUUGUCCAUGUUGGGUUUUGUGAUGAAGGGCACUGUGGCCUGUGUGACCCCAGCUUUGGGCCCAAACCCGGGUAGGCCCCUGUCCCUGGCAGGAAUCCCCAUUUCACUGACUGGAGCCCAUCAGUGGCUAAUGACACUCCAUCAGUAGUUUCAUAAUGUUCAAAAUGAUUUAGUAAACCUGUUUGUAUUUACUACCCCUAAGCCAGGCCAAGGGUUAGUCACAUGUUAGACAAGCAAAGUAAGUGGUUUACUUGACAGUUAACUUUUCAGGGAAUGAUCACUAUGUGCCAAAUACAUUACCGUGUUUUAAAAAAAAAAAAAAGCAUUCUAUCUGCAUCAUUUCGUGUAAGCUUGUAACUGACAGUAGAUACCAUUAUUUCCACUUAAAUGACAAAACAAAAUUGGGCUAACGGAGACAGCUCAAAGGCAAGUACUUGGGUAGCAUUGUGAGGCUGAGUUUGAUGCCCAGCACCACAAAAAGGUGGGUGUUGUGGUGCGUACCUAUAAUCCCAGAAUUUGGGGAGGCUGAGGCAGGAGAAUCAUGAGCUCUAGAUCAGCCUGGAUGCACAGAACCCUGUCCCAAACAAAACAAAACACAGAAACUAGCCUUAGAGGAAAUGUACCUUGUCUAAAGUUCUUAAGUGGCAGAGACAAAACUCAGACCCAGUGAGUCCCACACAGGAACACUUAAUGAAUAAUUCAUUCUUACAGCCUUUAGUAUGUCAGGAAAGAUGCAUAAAGUGAAGAACAUGUUCAGAACUUUGUUGAUACUACCACAGACUAGGAAGAUGUGUAUCUAAUGGAACUGAGGUAUUAAAGGAGGUAAUAGUGUAGUCCCAGCAUCUAAAGGUGCUCAGUAAAGUUGUUGAGUAUGAUACUGUACACACUAUUUCCCUGUUACCUAUUCUUUAUGUUGCUCUUUAUGUUUUGGGUUUCUCAUCUAAGAGAAACCAUGCAUUAUUUAAGCUUGUAUGUCUUUUUACUUAACAUUAUGGUCUCUAGGUACCUACAAAUAACUCAAAUUUAUCCUUAAUUUCAAUUGUGUGCAAAUACCAUUAUUUUCUUUAUCCAUUUAUCUGUUUAGUAACAUAUUUGAGACAGGGUCUCACACUGUAGCCCAGGCUGGCCUUAAACUCACAAUUCUUCUGCCUCAGCCUCCAGAGUACUAGAAUUACAAGUGUGCACCACUCUGGGCUCCGAAUGAAGUUUUUAAAAAUGUUCAUUCUGCGAAAUGAAGAGGAAAUCUGCAAAAUGGCUUUAACAUGGCCUUUAUUUGGAGGUAGCUAAUAUGCUUGAAUUCAGAGAUUAUGGAACAGUAACCCCAGUGGUGUCAAAAAGCACCAAUUUUGGGUGCUGUGGAUUGAACUCUCGGCCUUCACACUGAGCUACAUCCCCAACCCUUUUUUCUUUGAGAUAGGUUCUCGCUGAAUUGCCCAGGCUGGGCUCCAAUUUGCCAUCCUCCAUCCCUCAGCCUCCCAGAGUGCUAGGAUUACAGGUAUGUACUAUCACACCUGACCUAAAGACACUAAUUUUGAGGUAUAACUGGAUUACGACUAUCUUUUGAGCCCAUACUCACCACUACAUCUGAAAUCCUGACACUGAGCCCACUGCAUUAUGAAAAAUGUGGUGGCCAGUUUCUCUCUUCAGCCCCUAGGACUUAAGAGAGUCUGUACAUUGUUUACAAUCGAGUUUCUUCUGGUCAGCUGAUAACCUUCAUGUAAACAAGGACUGUUUCUUGCCUUAGGAAUUUGUUUAAACAUAUAAGCCAAGUCAGAAUGCUUUCUAAAUUAAAAACUUCUACUGUUAUUUCAGCAGAAAAGGUGCUACAGUUUGGGUAUGGGUCCCCCACAAGGAUCCAUUGACAGAUGACUAGAUCCAGUUUGGUGCUAUUGGGUGGCAGCAGAACCUUUGGGAGCCCACCGUAAGAUCCUUGGUCAUCAGGAUUGUUUCCUCUGCAGGGCGUUCUUGUGGGACUCCUUGAAAAGUAGUUCUUGAGAGGGGAUGGAUGUAAAGCUUGAAUCUUGUCCUACCCAGCUUUCCCUGUUCCUAGUUUGAGAUGUAAUCACCUAUUCCCAAACAUGGUUCUGCCACUGCUACCCACCACAUGACCUGGCAAGAACUGACCUAAUGCCAGUGCCAUUCUCUGGAACUUCCACAAUUGUGAGCUGAAUAAACAACUUCUUUGUAAGUA